AUGGAGGUUGUUGGAAAGAAACCCAAGGUAGCACGACUUACUCUGCUUGUAUUGAUGACCAUACCAAAGGUUGCAAGUGUCCACCUGGAUUCAGGGGAGAUGGAGUCAAAUCCUGUAAAGAUGUGGAUGAAUGCAAAGAAAAAUUGGCCUGCCAAUGCCCAGAAUGCCAAUGCAAAAAUACUUGGGGAAGUUACGAAUGCUCAUGUAGUGAUGUUUCUUAAAGGAAAAUAUGCUGCUUCGGUGGGCGGUGGGGGCAUUGUUUGGAUGGUUAUUUUGAUCUUGGCUAUUGCUGGUGCUGGGGGAUAUGCAUUCUACAAGUAUAGAAUCCGGAGAUAUAUGGACUCUGAAAUAAGGGCAAUCAUGGCCCAAUAUAUGCCCUUGGAUAAUCAACCGGAGACUUCCAGUCAAGUUCGGGAAAAUGUCUAG